AUGGGGCAUGCUAUACACCAAUUCAAGGCUCUGUUUUGGAAAAAUUGGCUCUGUCGUGUGAGGCAACCGGUCCUCUCUCUCACCGAAAUACUGUGGCCAUGUGUACUUUUCUUGAUUCUAGCUGCCAUCCGCUUCCAGGAGCCCCCAAAAUACAAGGAAAACUGUUACUUAGAAGCUCGUGACUUACCGAGUCGUGGCCUGUAUCCUUUCAUGCGGACGCUUUUCUGUAACGUUGGUUCAAGAUGCAGGAACACCAGUUACACAGCGCAGAGACACGGCCGCUUUAGUGCAAACCCCCACAGUGGUCCAGAGAGAGCCACUGGACCUGAUCUAGACUUCAUGAAAGAGAUAGAAGAACUUGCAAAGGAAUUUAUUGAUACUACGGAGAAAGCCAUGGCCUUAGAAAAGCUAUGGGAAGAAAACUCAAGGCUCUCAGGGCUCCAUAACAUCACCACUUUUCUUACUAUGGAUUUGAAUGAAGCAGAGAAAAUUAUUUCUAGAGCAGAAAAUCUGUACAAGCAACCAUAUUUCUGGAACCUUCUGCAUUCACUGCCUCAUCUUGAACUAAACAGCUUUUAUACAGAAGAUGAGUUAGCUACCAUAACACAGUUUCUAAAAGUUAUUCAAAAUACCUUAGCAUCACUGAAGGAUUUAGCUAUGAUGCCACUGGGCAAAAGUUUCUAUGAAGUGGUGAAAAUGGCACUGAAUUUGACUGCUGCAUCAGUACAGGAUAGGAGCUUAGAAGGUUUUCAAUACAAUCUUUCUUUCGGGGAUGUUUUAUGGAAUCCAUUUGCUGUGAAAGCAGAACUUGAAUCCAGAUUUGGUUUUGAUGGCCCUCGUGUUGAGAAGCUACUAAGUUAUACAGCACAAUUAACAGAGAGCAGUAGAGUUUAUACUUACACUCCAGAAGAGCUCAUUGUAAAAAUAGCUGAUUUAAACAAAUGGAUUCCCACAGGAGAGACACUGGAGCAGUUUGUGUGCUCUGCUCUGGCUGUUGUCCCAGAAGAUGAAACAAAUAAAGAGAAUAAUGGAGAGGGCUGUAAUUCUGCACAGCAUGAGACCAAACUGUAUCUUGUUCAUGCUGUCAGCAAGUUCAAACUUUAUGCACGGAAUGAUGAUCUGGUUUUAAAUAUGAAAAGCAAUAACACACUGUUAAAACUUCUUUAUGAGGUUUCAAAAAGUAUGUCAUCUUCUCAAGUAUGGCAUGAUGUGCAAAAUAAGGAGCUAGUUUUUGAUUUUCUGUUUGAAACUUUUGAUCUUCUCUGGAACCUCACCAGUAAGUCUCUCUGUGAAAAAUUGCUAUUAAUUUACAAUUACACAGAGUUUCAGGCACAGUUUCUUGCACAGAAUGGAAACAAAGAUAUACAAGUUGUUUAUGACACUCUGAGCAGUCUUAAAGCUUUAUUUAUAGAUGAAGAGCUCCAAACAGAUCUCUUAUGUUAUUUGGAAGAGUUUCUUGAUCUGCCUCCAGAAUGCCUGGUAAAUAAUGGGUGCACUGAUUUCUAUCUAGCAAACAUGAGUUCAAUAGAACAUUCAGCAGAGGUUUAUAACUUACUUCUGCUUCCAUUGGACAGUGUCCUGUCUGACGUAACCAACUGGGGAGAUAAGAUAAGUGUGCCUUCUGCUUUGCACUGCACUUUUACAUGGCUUCAGGCAUGGACCGAGAUUUUUGAAGAAGCAUCAGAAAUCUUAAAUUUGAAUUCAACCUGGUUUGUCUGCCUGAGAGAUGAUUUGGCAUAUCUCUCUGAAAACCUUUUAAAUGUAACUCAAGAUGAACUCUGCAAUAAUACAGCUAUGGCUAUUGUUGAAGCUACAGGAGCAGCAAUGAAGCUUUUAAAAGCUGUAUUUCAGGAACGUGGCAAUUCAAAUGACUUGAAAGAUCUUGAGGCUUUCCUUGUUAAUCUUCAAAGUGUAAUUAACAAUUCAUUUGAAGUCACAAACUUGCUUAAAGAUAGCAGUUUAGAAAGUGUUUUAGAGACAAUAGGAGCUGUGAUAACUAAAAUGCAGAAAUCUAUACUGAAGAUUGUUAAUGAAGAGGUUUUGAAUUCUUGGCCUGAUGCUUUCAUCUCAGGAGGAUCUGAGGGAGAAGAUAAGGGUGCUGGUAUAUUUUCCAUUGAAAAUUCCCUUUCUACUAUUCUUAAGCUCUCCCAAGAGGAACUUGAAAUUAUUCUCACUGAGAUAAAUGACACAUCUGCUUUUUUAAAAAGUGUACCUCAAGACAAAUAUAUAGUUUGUAUCAGCAUUUUCCAGAAUAUUACCAAACUAAUUGUGGUGGAACUCUUGUCAGAAGUCCAAAGUCUUCUGAAAAACAAAACUUUUGAAUUCCAAGAAAACAGCUCUUCUUACUUGGACACUGAGACUGAACUUUUCUUGCAUGAGAAAAAUAUCAGUUUGCUGAUGGAGUACUUCCAAUAUAUGAUUAGAAAACUUGACUCAAACUUGCAGGAUGAACACAAAACAUUUCCUCAGAAAAUGAUAGAAACAGCAGGUCUGAAUAUUGAACUGGUAAGGAAGGCACUUGAAGUUUUCAAGUCUCCUGCUUUUGUUGUCUUUCCAUUAAGAGAUGAAAAGGAGUUUCUAAAGCAUAUGGUUGCCUUGGUGCAAAACAUGAGAAACCUGGAUGUUGACUUUUUGAUAAGUAGAUUCAAACAGGUCCAGGAGAACCUAGAAAAUUUCUUUAAAAAUAUCAAACAUUUUAACCUUGAGAGCUCUGGGUUAGGUACCUUAACAGACUGGUGGGAUGCAUUUGAGAACCUCUCAUGUUACUGGAACCUGACUGGUGUGCGCCAAAUAACACAGCUUUUUGAACAUGAUGAGCUCUACAAUGUAGAAGAUGUGUUCAACCUUCUCUUUGAUGUCAUCAACCUUACAGAAAGAUUGGAUCAUGGAAAUGUUACAGAAGCACUAGCUGAAAUAUAUGCUUUCAUACUGACUCAGGAAGAAAAAAUGCCAAUGUUUACUGAUGAGGAGUUCUCUAACCAGGUUGAAGAUCUUCUAACAUUGCUGGAGGCAUUGUCAGACAUCUUGGAUGAACCUGGAGAGGCCUCUGCUUGUUUUUCUGCAGCAUUCUGCUGGACUUUCACAACAGCAACACCUGAAAUUGAUACCACUGUUAAACCUUGUGACUUGGUGCACACCAAUUCUACUCUUCAUUACAAUGCAGUCAUUGAAAUUAUUAAGGAGCUUAAACUUAUCACUCUGGAUGACAGUUUUGCUUGUUCUAUGGAGGACAUUCACCUGGAUAUCAUUCACAAUUUGACUUGCUUUUUUCAUCAGAUUAAAGAAUGGAACUCUAUCAUUUUGAAGUUUUCUGAGCUCCAUCAUAUAAAUAGCUCAGUUCUCAAAGAGCUGCUAGAUUUUUGGAAUGAGCUAUCCCUUCAUGCUGUGCCACUGCUGGUGAAUAAUACACAUGCAAUCAAUUGUUCCUUCACACCAAAGAGCCAAAUGGCUUUACAAAUCAUAGAAACUCUGGGCAGCGUUUCAGUGUCAGAAAUGGAGAUGGCCAAAAGACUUCUUGAACAGCUGGAUAAUCUUUAUGGUGGCCUAAGUUGGAACAGAGAGUCAAGAAUAUCACUUAAGAAUGUUCUUACUAAUGUUAAGAACAUGACCAGUGAAGUUUCCAGACUCCUGAAUACUGAAGCUGUCCUUUCUUUUCUUUCUGUAAUUCAGCCUUUGAUGACACUGUCAUCUGUUGGAAACCAGACACACACAGUGCUUAUGACAAUAUCAGCUUUAAGUGGGAACACGAAUAUAACUGACAACUUUGAGAACUUCUUGUUUCCUGUAGUUACAAGCAUAGAAAAUUUAUUGAUGAAUUUCAGUGUUAGACACUUACUUGUGGUGAUAGAUCAAGAGAUUCAAUUACUAAAGUUGGCCACUGGACAGUCCUCUUCAAUGGCUCCUGAUGUUUUACUAGAGCAGUUUAAGACAUCAUCUGUAGAUGCCAUAUCAAGAAAUUUUGAAGAUAUACAAGACAUUGUGAAGAGCAUUCUAUGCGAGUGUAACGAUAAAAAUUAUUCUAAAAUAAUGCAUAUUCUAAUUCUCCUUAUCACUAAUGAAAGUUCAUCAAAUGACCUACUGCUGGCUGUUAAAGAUAUUAUUGCCUUUCUAGAGCUAUUCCAAAAUAAGUCUAAGAAGGACUAUACUGAAGAGCCCAUUGUCUUUACCAACAUUUUCUGCGCCAUUACAAAGUGUAAAGAUGGAUUAACGGGUCACUUUCUCCUCGCUAUCUUUGAAGGGAUUGCUGUGGUUCAAGAUCAUUAUCAGGAUGUUGGAAGAUACUUGACAGCUUUCAACAAGGGAGAUUGUGAGAGUAUGGCAUAUAUUAACCAAAAACUUUCCAAUGCUUUGGAGAGCUUCGUGGGAGUCUUGCAGAAUACCAGCAGUGACAGCUGUGAAUGCCACCUAAUGUUGGGGAACAUCCAGAGACGACUGCAAAUGGUAACAGAACAUUUGGAGCUACAAUUGUCUGAAAAUCCAGCGGCAGCUUUCCUCAGCAAUUUUAAUCUUGUGAAUGAUGCGAAAGUCAAAGAUUUUGUGAAGAAUAUUACUCAGUUGAGUCUGGACAUUGGUUCUUCUGUCAAUAUUUCUGAAGAAACUGUCAAUACUCUUUUGGAAGCCAGUGUCUCUCAUUCAGAGGUUCUUUACAGUGCCUUUGUGGUAGCUUUAACUGGAAGAUGUGAUGAAGAAGUACUUAGCCUGCUGCUAAAGCUCCCUGAAGACAAUAGAACAUCCCUGGUAGUGGCAGAAUUAUGCUCUUUACCAGCACUGGACUUGUAUACCAUGUUUGUAUCAAUUAUACAAAAUUUGAAUGUACGUCACAUCAUUUACAAGGUCCAGAUACCACCUGAGAUAGGCAAUGUAUUAAAUAUGCUACUGGAUGUGGUUUCUAGUAUCAGUUCACUUCUCAAUAAAGUCCAACAUGUCAUGGAGAAGCUUCCAGUGUUCCUCCAAGGAAUUCAAAGUCUUGGUGUGCUUGACAUCUCUGCAUUGCAGCAGUUUUUGCAGGGUGGGCAGUUUAGAAGUUCAGCUGUUGGAUCCCUGGAAUCUGUAAUCAAAGCAGUAUGUAAAGAAGAAUCUUCAUUUCUCAGCAAUGCAAACCUGUUCAUAGACAUGCCCAGAAUCAUGGGACUUUUGGAGGAAAAUAUGGCAAAAUAUGGCAUUCCUGAAGACUCAACUCCUUUUUGCUUGAAGCUCUAUCAAGAGAUUUUGCAGGCUCCUAAUGGGGCUUUGCUGUGGACUUUCCUGAAACCUUUAUUACAUGGGAAGAUACUGUACAAUUCAAACAUCAGCAUGAUUGACCUGGUGAUGGAGAAGGCUAAUUUCACUUUUGGUUUUGUGGAAAACUUGAAGAGUUAUUCUGAGACAUGGCUUAGGAUGUCUGAGGUUUUCAAAACCAGUGGAAAUGUCCUCACAGUCUCACGACUGCAGGAAGCACUACAAAAUAAUUUUGUACAACAUUUCAUAGAAAGUAAUUUGGAUAUCAACAUGGAAAAACUUCUUAAAAAAAUGCAAGCAUACGAAACUAUGACGAACAAGAUGCUUAACAGCUCAGCAAGUAAACAGAUUGACCUGUUGACACAGCUGGUUGUAAAUAUAUCUUCCUGUGUGUUACUGGACCGUUUCCAGCCUUUUGACUCUAUAGAGAAAUUGGAGGAGAAGGCUCAUGAACUCAUGCAGGAAAACAAUCUUUUGGCUAGUAUCAUCUUCAGUACACCAGAGGACAAGAAGCAAGAUUCCAGCAAUCUCCUUCCAAGACGCAUUUCAUAUACAAUUAGAACCAGUGUUCUCUACAGCAUGAGAACAGAUUUGAUUAAAAAUCCAACAUGGAAAUCCCAUCCCCACAAGCUGCCAGCUGAUGGGUUUAAAUACAACCAUGUCUUUAUUCCUCUUCAAGAUAUGAUUGAAAGGGCAAUUAUUUCAGCACAGACUGGGACAGACACCUCAGAAACAGCAAUUCAAGUGCAAGCCAUGCCUUACCCUUGUCAUACCAGUGAUCUAUUCUUGAACAACAUAGGGUUUUUUUUCCCUCUCAUGAUGAUGUUAACAUGGAUGGUUUCAGUUGCUGGUAUGGUUCGCAAGCUGGUUUAUGAAAGAGAAAUUCAUCUUGAAGAGUAUAUGAAGACAAUGGGUGUGUAUCCAGCCAUUCAUUUCUUUGCUUGGUUUUUGGAGAAUGUCAUUGUGCUCACAGUAAGCAGCUGUGCUCUGGCCAUCAUUUUAAAAGCAAGUGGUAUCUUUGCUUAUAGCAAUGGUUUCCUUAUCUUCCUUUUUCUCCUGGAAUUUGGAGUUACAGUCAUCAUGUUAAGCUAUUUUUUGGGAGUGUUUUUCAGCAGUGCCGAUACAGCAGCUCUGUGUGCCAGCCUUGUCUAUAUGAUCAGCUUUUUACCCUACAUAGUUUUGUUGGUCUUGCAGAACCAGCUGAGUUUCACCAACCAGAUUAUAAUGUGUCUUCUUUCUACAACCGCCUUUGGGCAAGGAAUAUUUUUCAUUACAUAUUUUGAGGGCCAAGAAAUAGGAAUUCAGUGGGAUAAUGUGCACCAGUCAACGGCACAAGGAGGAUACAUGACCUUUGGAUGGAUGUGCUGGAUGAUGUUCUUUGACUCUAUUUUAUAUUUUGUAUGUGGCUGGUAUUUCAGCAAUAUUAUUCCUGGAAAAUUUGGAUUGAAGAACCAGUGGUACUUUCCCUUUACUGUUUCCUACUGGAAGAACCUGUGUACAGAGAGAAGCAAGAGAGAUUAUCUGAAUUCUAAUAUAUUUUUCUUCAAUGAAAACUUCCAAGAAAAAGGUUUGUAUUAAUAGAAUUUGAACAAUAGGGGUUGGAAAGUCCCUUGCACUGAAGGAGCCACCAUCGGUGUUGUGCUGCUGUCCCUCACCAAGGAGCACGUGGAUGGUCAGAAGGCGGCUGUCAAAGAUCUCAACCUCACUUUCCAUAAGGGCCAAAUAACAGCGCUCCUGGGACCUAAUGGAGCUGGAAAGACAACAGUUAUAUCCCUGUUGACUGGUGUGUAUCCACCGAGCUCUGGUACCAUUAUUGUUGAUGGGAAGGACAUCCGGACUGAGCUGGCUGCCAUCAGGACAGAGCUGGGUGUCUGUCCCCAGUACGACGUCCUGUUCAACACGCUGACGGUGCGAGAGCAUCUCCUGCUUUACGGGUCAGUGAAGGCACCAGGGUGGACAAAGGAACAGUUGGAUGAGCAAGUCAGUGGAGCUCUGGAAGAUGUGGAUUUAUCCCAACAUCAGUACAAACCUGUUGGAGCCCUUUCUGGGGGAAUGAAAAGAAGGUUGUCAAUUGCCAUCUCCUUUAUUGGAAACUCAAAGACAGUUGUUCUGGACGAGCCCACCAGUGGAGUAGAUCCAUGUUCUCGCCGUAGUAUCUGGGAUGUGCUUCUGAAGUACAAAGCUGGUUGUACCCUGAUUUUUACCACUCACCAUCUUGAUGAGGCGGAGGUGCUCAGUGAUCGCAUUGCCAUCCUGCAGCAUGGCCAGCUGAGGUGCUGUGGUUCUCCCUCCUAUCUGAGGGAGACAUAUGGCCAGGGACACAGUCUAACACUCAUAAAAAAGCCCUCUGUGUUUGAAAUCCAGGACCCUAAGCACAUUGUUCAGGUCACUUCUCUGGUACAGACCUACAUUCCAGAAGCCUUCUUGAAAGAUAACAGUGGAACUGAGCUGACCUAUUUGAUCCCAGAAAGGGCAGAUAAGACCUCUUUUAAAGGUCUUUUCCACGCUUUAGAUCAAAGCCUUCAGGAUCUACAUGUGACUGGCUAUGGCAUUUCUGACACAACUUUGGAAGAGGUUUUUCUGAGGCUGCUGCAGGAGUCAGAGAAGAUGCCCUAUGUGCCACAGGCAGCACAGCUGGACCAUACAAAUGGUGCUGAAUCAGUCUAUAUUUCACUUGCCGGAGCCUCGAGUGUGCGUGGAGCCCGCCUUGUUCUCACACAGAUUGUUGCCCUUCUGAUGAAGAGGUUUCACCACACAAGGCGAGACUGGAGAGGAAGCCUGUCAAAUGUGCUGCUGCCCGUCCUCUUUGUUGCACUGGCAAUGGCGUUAUUUAGUGUGAAGCCGCUGGCUAUCGAUUAUCCUUCUCUCAAGCUAACACCAAGACUUUACGACAGCGCAGAAUCCUUCUUUAGAAAAAAUAAUUCAUGCUGGCAGAUGGCAUCUGUGUCACCUCAGGAUUCAUGCAGAUGUGUAUCUGAACAGGAGAUGUGCCCAGCUUUCAAUACCUCUGCUCCCUAUAUGAAGAAUAAGAAAGGACAUAUUUUGUAUAAUCUUUCAGGGUUCCCUGUGGAAGAGUAUUUAGUGAGGUCUUCCAACAAAACAAGAUACGGUGGUUGGUCUUUUGGAGGGAUGAAAACAUUUGAACUGCAAGAUAAAAAAUUGAAUAACACCAAAUCUCAGCCUCUGGCUAAGGUGUGGUAUAACCAAAAAGGUUUCCAUUCGCUGCCAUCCUACUUAAAUGAACUCAAUAACUUCCUUCUGUGGCUGAAUUUACCUUCUAAUGUGGAUUGGAGACAGUAUGGGAUAACACUCUACAGCCAACCAUAUGGAGGAGCCUUGUUGGACGAGGACAAAAUAAUGGAGAAUGUUCGUCAGUGUGGGGUAGCACUGUGUAUCAUGCUGGGAUUCUCCAUCCUUACUGCAUCCAUUGGAACUACCAUAGUGAAGGACAGAGUAUCUGGGACAAAACGCUUGCAACACAUCACAGGCCUGGGUUACAAAACUUACUGGCUUGCUAACUUCUGCUAUGAUAUGCUGCUUUACAUGGUUCCAGUCACCCUUUGUGUUGGUGUUAUUAGUGCCUUCCAGCUAUCAGCCUUCACUUUCCGAAAGAACUUGGCAGCCACUGUUCUCCUGCUGAUACUCUUUGGAUAUGCAACUUUACCUUGGAUGUAUCUUGCAUCCAGAUUCUUCUCAAGUUCAGAUGUAGCUUUUGUUUCCUACAUCUCCUUAAAUUUUGUGUUUGGCCUGUGUACCAUGCUGGUGACUCUCUUACCUCGCUUGUUAGCUAUAAUUUCCAAAGUGCAGAGUUUUCAGAACAUCUACAAUAUCCUCAAAUGGGUAUUCAUCAUAUUCCCACAAUUCUGCCUAGGCCAGGGCUUAAUAGAGCUUUCAUACAAUCAGAUCAAGUUUGACCUGACCAGGAACUUUGGAAUAGAUUCUUACGUGAGCCCCUUUGAGAUGGAUUUCCUGGGCUGGAUUUUUGUGGCAAUGUCCCUCCAGGGAACACUACUGCUUCUUUUACGUCUUUUCCUUCAUUGGGAUCUCCUCUGGAAACCAAGGGGUCAUUGUUCAGUUAGCAGCACAGACAGCCCUGCAGAAGAUGUUGAUGUAGAAAUGGAGCGACAGAGACUCUUUGAUGGAAGAACUGGUAAUGAUGUCCUACUUCUGUACAACCUCAGGAAGUGUUAUGGAGGUUUCAGUAAGAAGAACACAGCUGUGGAAAGCAUAAGCUUGGGCAUACCAAGGGGAGAGUGUUUUGGACUCCUGGGAACAAAUGGAGCUGGGAAAAGCACAACAUUUAAGAUGCUGACUGGAGAUAUCAUCCCAUCUGCAGGACGUGCUGUUAUCAGGACUCCUACUGGGUCUGAAAUGGAUAUACUCUCUGCUAGCUCUGAAGGUAUUCUUAUUGGAUAUUGUCCGCAACAAGAUGCCCUGGACGAACUUUUAACAGGUUGGGAGCACCUUUAUUAUUACUGUACACUGCGUGGAAUUCCAAAGCAGGAUAUCCCACAGGCUGCAGAGGACCUGGUUAACAGGUUACACCUCAGCGCUCAUGCUGACAAACUGGUGAGAACAUACAGCGCUGGCACAAAGAGGAAGCUCUCUACUGCUGUGGCUUUAGUUGGUAAACCCCAAAUACUUCUGCUGGAUGAGCCCAGCUCUGGAAUGGACCCCUGCUCUAAACGCUACCUUUGGAAAGCUAUCCUGAAGGAAGUUCAAGAUGGCUGUGCAGCUGUGCUGACGUCCCACAGUAUGGAAGAAUGUGAAGCUCUCUGCACAAGGCUUGCUAUCAUGGUCAAUGGAGCUUUCAAGUGUCUUGGCUCUCCCCAGCACAUUAAAAACAGGUUUGGAGAGGGUUAUUCUGUCAAGGUUUGGCUUAGCAAAGAAAUAAGUUAUGAAAGAAUCAUUUUGGACUGUCUACAAAUGCAUUUUCCUGGAACACAGUUUAAGGGACAACAUCUUAACCUGCUCGAGUACCAUGUACCAAGAAGUCAGGGAUGCUUAGCAGAGCUCUUCAGAGUCCUAGAGAAUCACAAAGUUUUUCUCCAAAUCAAACACUACUCCAUUAGCCAAACUACAUUAGAGCAGGUAUUCAUUAAUUUUGCAACACAGCAACAAGGAGUCUCGCAUUCUUCACAAGGAUCUCCUGUUCUUCAUCAUGAUCAUCUCCCAGUCUAG